GCUAGGAUAUUUUCCACAAGGGGCCGCUUGGGGAGAAGGGUUUGGUCUCAUAAGCUCGGACAUUCUCUUGUCGGGACACUGCCGAAACGACGUGCCGACAACAAGCGCGGCUAUUGCAGUGGACUGCAGCGACGCGUCUUUGGGCCCAUAUCUACCAUUAUGCACACCAGCGGCGUCAUUAUGGCCCCUAGAUAGCUGGGCACGCCAACCGUCGCGGCGCCUGGCCUAGACUGGGGCUGUCUGCGCUCAGAACCCCGCCCGCUGAGCCUCAAGAAUGAGCAGUCAGCCGCGAGACUCGCUGCCCUUGUGGACAGCCCACGGAUCUGAAAUACAGACACAUAUGCUGCUGUCUCCCGAAGCCCGAAGGGAACCAACUGAACAUCCUGGCGUCGGCGUGGCAGGAUCACCAGAACCCGACCGGCGAGCGGGCACCGCAACACCCGCGCCGGCAAGUACCCCAGUCACGCUGCCCCGCAUCUUAUUGUUUGUGGCUGCGGUGGCGAUAGCAGCGGUGGCUGUAGUACUGGCUGCUGCGGUGGCUCUUCAGCACGGCAGCGACACUGACGGCGCCGCGUGCGAUUGGGGGGUGCUACUGCCAAGGCUGGCGGCACCUUGGCGGCCCCGGGCCCGCGGGCAAACACACACGCAGCCGCUGCUGCGUUCCGAAGGCGCUGACGUCACCACCAGCAGCGGCAGUAGCAGCAGCGCCACUGACUUUCGUGGUGGCAGUAGCAGCGGCACCGGCAGUAGCACAGCUAGCAACACACGCGCGGCGGCACAGGGCCGCCGCCUCAGGAUCCAAAACCGUGGCUCGGCGGUAGCAACGCUGCUACUCUCCGGCCCCGAAUUUGGAAGCCUAGAUGAGGAGCAGCAGCAGCAGCAGCCUAGCACCUCUGCUACAGCCGAUUCGCCGGCCGCGGGCGCUGCGGCUACUGCCGCCUUCGCCAACUGGACGCUGUCCAAUGCGAACGGCAGCAUCCGGGGACUGCCCAUCACCAUACCCGGCUACACGCUGCAGGCGCUGCGGGAUGCCGGGCUGCUUGGCGCGCCGCCUGACGACCCCCGCAGUGACCCGCUAUACAGGUUCAACGACCAGGCGUAUGAGUGGGUGGCAAUGGACACGUGGACUCUGACAGGGCUGUUCGACACGCCGCUGCCACCUGUUACUGCUACUGCUACUGCUACUGCCGGGCAGCAGCAACAGCAGCAGCGGCCAGCUACUGCCGGUGCCACGGCUGCUACUGCUGCUACUGCUGCUGCUACUGCUGCUACUGCUGCUACUGCUGCGCAGCAGGGCAGUGGGGGGAGAAGGAGCAGCGUUGGCGCCCCGCGGACGGCGGGGGGAUCCCAGGCGGCAGCAGGGGAGGCGGCGGCGGCGGCGGCAGCGGAGGCCGUACAGGCCGCGGGCGGCGGCGGCAGCAGCCGUCAGCAGGCUUGGAGCGACAUCGUUCCUGACGUGGAGGGGGAGGAGGAGGAGCAGGAGGAGACGGAGGAGGGGGAGGAGGGGUGUGGUUUGGAUCUGGUGUUGUCGGGGGUUGACACGGUGGCUGACGUGUGGCUCAACGGUGUGAGGUUGGGCCGCGUCGCCAACUUCCACAGGACGCACCGCUUCAAUGUGCGCGACCUGCUGAUGCGGCGGCCGCGCCCCCCGCUACUGCAAGGCACCGACAGCGGCGGCAGUAGCAGCAGCAGCAGCGGUGGCACUAGCAGCGGUGGCAGUAGCAGCAGUGGCAGUAGCAGCAGUGGCAGUAGCAACAGCAGCGGCAGUAGCGGCGGCAGUAGCAGCAGGAGCUACGGUGGUGCCAACAACCUGACCAUCGUGCUGCACCCCGCGGUGCCGUACGUACGACAGCAGGCGGCCAGCUACCCCUACCCGCUGCCCUCCAACACGGCGCCGUACGCGUACGGCCAGUUCGCCUUCAUCCGCAAACCCGCCUCCGACCUGGGGUGGGACUGGGGGCCCGCGCUGGCGCCGGCGGGGCUGCACGGCUCCGUACGGCUGGAGCGGUACUGCCUGCCGUACGCCGCGGGGGUGCACGUGCUGGAGCAGGUGCAUGGGGGCGUGCCGACACGGCAGCCCGUGGGGAGGGGUGGAGGGGGAGGUGGGGGAGGCGGAGGAGGGAGCGGCAGCAGCGGUAGCAGCGGCAGUAGCGGCAGCAGCGGGAGUAGCCCGCAGGAGGGGGAUGGGAAGGAGAAGGAGGAGGGGGAGGGGGAGGGGGAGGGGGAGGCAGUAGCGGAUGUGGCGUCGGCGGUCACGCUCCGGCUAGAGGUGGAGGUGUGGGUACCGCUGCCGCCGCCCGGAAAGGUCAGUGGCGGCGACGCCGCCGCUUCGCGCACAGGUGGCGGCGGUGGCGGCGGCGGCGCCGCCGCCGCCAGCGCUAGCCGAGAUUAUUUCCUGAGCCCCUCGGGCGCUGCUGGCGGCGGCAGCUGUCCCAAUGCGGAGGUGGCGGCCGCAGCGGCGGCGGCAGGCGCAGCGGCAGCAGCGGCGGCGACAGGAACCGCCACCGGGACUGGGACUGGGGUCGGGACUGGGGCUGGGGCGGCGGGCGCAGCGGUGGUGGUGGUGGAGCUCCGUCCCUACAAUGCCAGCAGCGGAGCGCGUCUGACAGGCAGCUGCACGGCAGACUGCGGAGGCAGCGGCAGUAGCAGCAGGAGUGGCAGUAGCAGCAGAAAUGGCAGUAGCAACGGCGGUGGCUGCUGCCCCAUUGCUCGUGUGGAGAAGCCGCUGUCUCCGUGUGUGUUGAGGUCGGGAGGCAGGCACCACGUGACAUUGGAGAUGCACCUGCCCGCCGCGGCGGUGGCGCUGUGGUGGCCGGUGGGGUUCGGGCCGCAGCCGCUGUACGUGCUAUCGGCGUGGGUGGAGUCGAGUCCGGCGUGGGUGGAGUCGAGUCCGGACGCGCAGCAGGGGGCGAGCGCGGGCGCGGCCGGCGCCACUGCGACUGGUAGCAGCGGCGGCGGCGGCGGCGGCGGCGGCGGCGCGGAUGGGGAGGGCACUGCGGACGCGGGUCUUGCGGGCGGCGCUGGGGCCACUGCCACUGCCGCCUCUGGCGCCUGGCGUGUUGCGGCGGGGGCGGGCCAGGAGCUGCCUGUGCGGCGGCGUGUGGGUUUCCGCACUGUGGAGUUGGUCACUGAGCCGCUGUCGGGACGCCUGUCCCGCUCGGGCGAGCUGUGGGACCGCCUGCAGCAGGGGGAGGGGGUGCAGCAGGGGGAGGAGGGGAAGGAGGGGAACGGGGGGAAGGGGGAGCAGCAGCAGCAGGAGCCGAAAGGAGGGGACACGUCCGAUGGAGGAGGAGGAGGCGGAGGAGGAGGAGGAGGAGGAGGAGGAUGGGGAGGAGGCGGCGGCGCCAGGGCUCGUGCAAGCACGUUCCCAGACCCGCCCGACGAGUCUUUCUUCCUGCGCGUCAACGGCCGCCCCCUGUUCGUCCGCGGUGCCAACCUCAUUCCACUGGCGCUCCUGCACACAGACGCCGCCGCCGCCGGGCCGAGGGCGCUGGCGCGGCUGGCGGCGGCGGCGCUGGGUGCGGGUAUGAACAUGCUGCGUGUGUGGGGCGGCGGGCGUUAUGCGCUGGACGCCCUGUACGACAUGGCAGAUGGGGCCGGGCUGCUGCUGUGGCAGGAGUUUAUGUUUGCCUGCAACCCCUACCCCAACACACGCGAUUUCAACGAGGAGGUGCGGCUGGAGGCGGAGGAGCAGGUGCGGCGGCUGGCUGGCCACCCCUCAGUGGCGCUGUGGGGAGGAAACAACGAGGUUGAGGCCAGUUUGUCCUGGUACCCCGAAACGGCCGCCAACCCGCGCCUGUUCGCGGCGGACUUCACACAGCUGUUCGUGGCCACACUCAAGGAGGGCGUGGUGGACAGGCUGGACCCAGGUCGCCCCUACCUGGACUCCUCGCCCUCCUCCGGCCUCCACACCACCUCCGUCACCACCGCCGCCGCCACCAGGGGCGCCUCCGGGCCCUCCUCCGGGCCGCCCACACCGCACGUGAAGCGCUGGGGGGACCCCCAGGACCCCCGGGCCGGCGACAUACACUACUACAACUACCGGGACGACUGCCUGGACCCCGCCACCUACCCGCGCGCCCGCUUCAUCUCCGAGUACGGCACGCAGUCGUUCGCCUCCGCCGCCGCCGUACGGCCGUACGGCAACGCCACGGUGGGCGACUGGGCGCCCACGUCGGCCUUCAUGCGGCACAGGCAGCGCCACCCCAACGGCGAGUGGGAGCUGUUGGCCUCCCUCGCAUUACACUUUCGCCAACCGCCCAGCGGUUGGACGGCGGCGCCGCCAACCGCCUUCAAACUGUUCGAGCCGUGGAUCUACCAACUGCAGGUGCAGCAGGCGCUGUGCUACUCCACGGCACUGGGCGUGUGGCGCUCCGGGCGCAGCGACCCGCAGGCCGCCACCAUGGGUGUGCUGUACUGGCAGCUGAACGACGUGUGGCCGGGCUACAGCUGGAGCUCGCUGGACUAUGGGGGAGGCAGGAAGCCGCUGCACUCGGCGGUCCGGCGGCUGUUCCGGCCGGUCACGGUCGUGGCUUUUGGUCGCGAGGGCGGCAACGUCACGGUGUUUGUGGUCAAUGACGGGGACGAGCCCGUGCCCGUGUGGCUGGCCGUGGACGUGGUGGCACUGGCGGCCGCCACGCCGCCGCCCGACACCACCACCACCACUGGCACCACCACCACCACUGACACCACCACCACUGACACUACCACCACUGGCACCACCACCACUGACACCACCACCACCACCGGCGCAAACGUCGGCGCCGCCGGGGAUACUGAUGGCGCCGCCGGCGGCGAAGCUGCUCCAAACACAGCCGGGGCCGUUGUCCAGUUUGCUGUGCUGAGCCUCACGGCACCGCCGCAGCGCUCCCUGCGGGCGCUGCAGCUGCCGGCGGCGCAGGUGCUGGCAGCGCUGCCCGGCUGCGGCGCCCGCACCUGCGUCGUGUCGGUGCGCCUGCGGGAGGAGCUCAAAGCGGCGGCGGCGGAAGAGGUGGAGGAGGAGGAGGAGGAGGAGGAGGAGGUGGUGGAGCAGGAGGGGAAGGAAUGGAAGGAGGAGGAGGAUGGGGAGGAGGAGCUGAAGCAGGAGGAGGGGAGGGAGGAAGAGGUGGCGGCGGCGGCGGUGGCGGCGCGCUGGCGGCGGCCCAGCUGGCCCUGGGGCGGCGGCGACCCAGCCGCUGACGAGGCACGGCUGAUGGGCAUGGCGGCAUGGCGGCGGCCGCUACAGCCGCUACAGCCGCUACAGCCGCCACAGCCGCCACAGCCGCUACAGCCGCCGGCUGCUGCUGCUGCAAAAGCGGCAUCAACAGUGCUGGAGGCGGCGGGGACGGCUGAAAGCACCGGCACCAGCAUCCGCACCAGCAACCGCACCAGCAUCCGCAACAGCACCAGCACCCGCACCAGGAGCAGUAGCAGGCGCACCAGCGGGAGCACUGGCGGCGGCCGCGGCCUGCCAGGACCCGGGGGCUGCUGUGCGGUGCAGCAGCUGGACGGGGAGGAGGUGGAUGCACUGGUGCUGCUGGUGCCGCCCAAGGAGCUGCUGCUCCACCCGCCCGACCUCGAGAUGUACGACAUCGCCAACUGCACCCCCAGUGCCACCGGUGCUACUGCCUCUACUGCCACAGCAGCAGCAGCAGCAGCAGCAGCAGCCGGAGGUGACGUGCUACAGCCUUCGUCACGCCAAGCCGCUUCUACACCCCAGCCGCCUCAGCGUUACUCCUGGUGUUUCCGGCUGCGCCCGCGGCGCGCGGCGGCGCUGAUGGUAGUGCUCGAGUCUGACGCGGCCGGCGACUUCAGUGAAGCCUUUCACCUGCUACUGCCGCUACAGCCGCCAGGGAGGGCGCCGCCGCCGCCGCCGCCACCGUUACAGCCGGCGCCGCCGGCGCCCGAGGGGGCUGCUACAGCCGAGCCAUCACUGCUUGAGCGAGCUGCUACUGCUGCUAAUACCGAGGCGGGCCAAGAGGGGGGCGGGGGGCGGGAGCCGACGGAGGAGGGGACAGCUGGGCCAGGCCGGGGGCAUGGGCGGGGGCGGGCGGGCGUGGGAGGGCCAGCGCCGCCGCCGCGUGUGUGUUUUUACACGGACGUCGUGUUUGAGAGCGCGGAGGCGUUUCGGUCAGCUGUGCGGGUGAUGGAGCUCCACGGCAUGCAGACCUUUUGACACAGGGGGUUCUGACACAGGCCUUGCUUCUCACACAGAAGUUCUGACACAGGGGUUCUGACACACCAGCAAAUGCGCGUGUUGCGUUUUCCAUUUCGCGUGGUUCAUAGCACAAGCAAUGCCUUGAGACUGGGAACAAGUGGAUUGGCGAUGGGGGCGAACGGAGCGAGGAUUGCCGGCGGGGGGGCUUGGACCAAUGUAAGCGGUUCAGCUUUAGUGGGCUGAGGCACGUGGCUGUGCCCCCAUCGGAACCACGUGCGCUUCGGCGGCUUACGCCGGAGAUGAAGUCGCCCGGUGCUGACUCGGGGGUGGAGCCACGGAGUGGACUGGUGUGGAGUGUGGAGUUAUGUAUGGUGGUGAAAGGUUGAACGGAAACGUG